GGGGACGAUGCGCUUCGUGGGUUAACCGCACUCAUUUCUGCCCGUCUCUGAUGCUCAAGAAAAGGUGGUGUCUAUUAUUCACUGCCGAAGACGGCUCCGCGAUUCUUCUCUCCAGACCCAACGCUAAUGCUGUAUCCAUGUGCAAUGCUUUUGACAGCUUUACCCCAACUAAAUCUAAAGGUUGAUGACCCUAUUGAUAUGCUCCCCAAGUCAAGAAAAGCCCUUAGCAUCCAGGAAAUUGCAGCUCUGGCCAGAUCAUCAUUUAAUGGCAUCUCACAGGUGGUGAAAGAUCACGUGACCAAACCCACGGCCAUGGCUCAGGGUCGGGUGGCUCAUCUGAUUGAGUGGAAGGGCUGGUCUAAGCCCUUAGACCCUCCAUCUGCUACACUGCAGUCCCACUUUAAAUCCUACUCCCAUCUCAGCGAGGGUGAGCAGGAGGCCCGGUUUGCAGCAGGUGUGGCUGAGCAGUUUGCCAUUGCAGAGGCGAAGCUCCGUGCCUGGACCUCUGUAGAUGAGGAGGAGAUGGACGAAGAGUCUUAUGAAGAGGAUCCUCCUCUAAAUGACGAGUCAAUCACAACAACUCUGAGCUCAGACGCUGUAUUAUCCAAUCAAAGCUGCCCAGUGCCAAGUCAGGCUAAGACAGACACCGCUGAAAUCCCUUGCUCUGACGGCACACUCAGUCAAUCAGAAGCCGACGACCCGCUCAUUUCAGAAGAAGUGCCACCACAUGCCCAAGAACUCCAGCUUUCAGAAGGCGACAGGUCCACUUGUGCGGUUCACAAACCAGACCGCAGGCCUUUGUGGAGCAAGGGAGACUCCUGCUACUACUCCACCUCCUACUCCGAGUCUGGCCUUUCACCUGAGGAUGAAGAGGAGGAGGAUGGAAGAGAGGUGGAGGAAGGGGAGGACAAUGUCUUUCAGGAUGUCAUCUGCUGGUACAGACACUGCCGAAGCAUCUCUGAUACCUCUGGAGCUGUGUCUUUUGAUGAGGAGGGGGAGGAGGAAGAACAGGAAGAAGGUUCCAAGCAGCGACGCUGUGUUCUCACUCGCCCUUUUGUCUCUGUCCCUUUGUAGUAACCCUUCUGUGAAGUGUUUGUCCAGUCUGUUAUGCAUUCCGAGACAUGGACUUGUUUUUCUUUUCCAUAUUUUAAAGGGAGAGUUCAUUUAGAAAUGAAAAUUCUGUCACCAUUUUCACUUGCUCUUGUCUGUCAAAAUCUGACUUUCCUUCUUCUGUGGAACACAAAUAAUGUUAGGCAGAAUCAGGGUUAUUAUAGUUAACUGAAACUGAAGCUAAAGUUAAAACCAUAGUUGAUCAACUUGAGAUAAAUGUUAACUGA